UGGAUCCGCAUCCAACUUCAGUGCCGAUAAAUAUGUCAAUAAGUUUUCAGUGAUUUUAGGUGAUUAUCAUAAAUGAAAUACAGAGACACAUCGCCAAUUCAUUUUCCGACGUAAAUGAUCUAUUGUGCAGAUCGAAAACAUCAACAAUAACCCACACACACAGUGUUCCUCAUGACUACGGACGAACCACUAGUGCAAUUGGAUUUCAAUGUACCCAAUGAACAGAUAAAACCAUCCAAAGAAUUGAAUUCGAUUCCAGACAAAGACGAAAAUCAACUCGACAAUCAAGAACCAGACCAUCCGACGAACGGUGCGUUUCUAUCGGAUGAUCGACACAGUUUAAUUUCAUUGUCCAGUUCAUCGACCACCGAGGACGUUUGUUUGGUGCCCGAAGUGGGUUUUGAUAAUAUCAAUCUGGAUAGUGGAGAUCGUGAAUCGCAGCCUCUGUUGGGGGCUCGCGAUCAACCGGAUUUUGCAUACAACAGCUUCCCAGAUGAGCAUCAUUGGCACACAAUUGAUGCGGGAGAUGAGAUACUUGCCGAUCCUCAUGACGCUAACACCGACGAUCGAAGUGUUGCAUCGAAACAUAUGCCCUUUUACAAUGCGGAAUUGUUCGAAGAUGACCCUCAAUUUACCGAACUGGUGUCACAGGCUGAUCUAGCUAUUGAGCAUGGAAUUUAUCCGGAACGAAUUUACCAGGGUAGCAGCGGUUCGUACUUUGUUAAGAAUUUGUCAACGAAAGUGAUAGCUGUUUUCAAGCCAAAAGAUGAAGAGCCGUAUGGUCGACUGAAUCCGAAAUGGAUGAAAUGGAUGCACAAACUGUGCUGUCCGUGCUGUUUUGGCCGUUCAUGUUUAAUACCGAAUCAAGGAUACUUAUCGGAAGCGGGUGCUAGCUUAGUAGACCAAAAGUUAAAAUUGAAUGUGGUGCCAAAGACGCGGGUCGUACGAUUGGUAUCGGAAACGUUUAAUUAUCCUAGAAUAGCGCGGCAAAAGGCCAAAUUAAAGAAAACGAUUAAGGAGCACUAUCCAGCAGCUAGAUUCAAUCGCAUGAGCUUACCACCAAAGAAAGGAUCAUUUCAAGUGUUCGUCAACGGAUUCAAAGACGCUGACUACUGGCUCCGACGCUUCGAACAAGAACCACUACCGCCUAAGUUAAAUUAUAAUUUCCAAUUACAAUUCGAACGAUUAGUUGUGCUGGAUUACAUCAUACGAAACACGGACCGAGGGAACGACAAUUGGCUGAUCAAAUACGAUCAACCGAAAAUCGUCAACACUCCGACGAAUAGGUCGCGACAACAAAUGGAAGACGAUGAGGGUAUCCAGUCGUUCAGCAAUAAGAGUUCGGACAGUGCGAUUAGUAUGCAUUCGGAAAGGGACACAAUUGAUCAAGCGGGUAGCAGUAGCAAUGUCAUGGCCAACGGAUUCGAAAAGGAUUGGGAUUUAAUAGAAAUGCCGACAAUAGAAAUCGCUGCAAUUGACAAUGGUUUAGCCUUUCCAUUCAAGCAUCCGGAUUCUUGGCGAGCGUAUCCAUAUCAUUGGGCCUGGUUGCCGCAAGCAAAAAUUCCAUUCAGCAAGGAUAUUAAAGAUCAAAUUUUGCCGUUGCUCUCUGAUCAGAAUUUCGUUGAGGAAUUGUGCAUCGAAUUGUACGAACUGUUUAAGCAAGACAAAGGAUUCGAUAAAGGGCUGUUCGAGCGGCAAAUGUCCGUAAUGCGAGGACAAAUACUAAAUUUAACGCAAGCACUGAAAGACAGCAAAAGUCCCGUUCAAUUGGUACAAAUGCCAGCCGUCAUCGUUGAAAAGUCUAGAACAUCAUCGAAUCGAUUGUUUUCGUUAACUCAGCGCUUCCAAAGCAAGAGUCCAUUCUUUUCCUGGUGUUGACAACGCCCUGCAUAUCUAUUUUAUUCGAACGGCAUAUUGAACAACCAACAUUACCAUUCUCGUGUUUCGUAAUUUCCAAAAUAAAAAGAAAGAAAGAAAAAAAAUUCUAGUUCAAGGUGUAGACUAAGAUAAAGAAAAUUAUUAUAUUUAGCAAUUUACCAAUCGCAGUAGAGUUGGAAGUGGUCGAUGGGACAAGAUCGACGCUGAUUUUAUUUCUGUUUGUCUCGUUCAUUUUUCGCAUCUUUUUUUUGUUGUAAUUUUGGUUGAAUUUUAUGUUUGA